CUCCGUCCUAUCCCCGCCGCCACCGCCGCCGCCGCCGCCGCCGCGGCCCACCGAGGGCUGAAGCAGGACGACGAUGAGUCCCCCGGGGUCCGGAUAUAUGAAAAUAUGCAUUCGUCUAAUACUGUCUUGGAAUUCAUGAGAUGGAAGCAUAAGUCAAAGGUUUUUGAAGAAAAUUGGAAGUACAGUUUAAUCUAGCCUGCAUCUCUCAGGAAUCAGAAGAAAGCAGCACAAGGUGAAGUCCUUGCCAAGUGAUUGCAGCCUUCUAUAAGAAAAUUUCAUUCAGUAAAGUCAUUUAAAUUAGUGAAGCAGCACAGUGGCAGUGUCCAGAAAGCAUCAACAUUGAACAAUGACUCAGCUCUAUACUUACACCACAUUAUUGGGAGCCUAUCUAUUCAUCAUUUCUCAUGUCCAAGGGCAGAAUCUAGACAGUAUGCUCCAUGGCACUGGGAUGAAAUCAGACUCUGACCAGAAGAAGUCAGAGAAUGGAGUGACCUUAGCACCCGAGGACACCCUGCCGUUUUUAAAGUGCUACUGCUCAGGACACUGCCCAGAUGAUGCUAUUAAUAACACAUGCAUAACUAAUGGGCAUUGCUUUGCUAUCAUCGAAGAAGAUGACCAGGGGGAGACCACAUUAGCUUCAGGAUGUAUGAAGUAUGAAGGAUCUGACUUUCAGUGCAAGGACUCACCAAAAGCCCAGCUACGUCGGACAAUAGAAUGUUGUCGGACCAAUUUGUGCAAUCAGUAUUUGCAACCUACGCUGCCCCCUGUUGUUAUAGGUCCACUGUUUGAUGGCAGCAUCCGAUGGCUGGUUGUGCUGAUUUCCAUGGCUGUCUGCAUCAUUGCAAUGAUCAUCUUCUCCAGCUGCUUUUGCUACAAGCAUUAUUGUAAGAGCAUCUCAAGCAGGGGUCGUUACAACCGUGAUUUGGAGCAGGACGAAGCAUUUAUUCCAGUAGGAGAAUCGUUAAAAGACCUUAUUGACCAGUCACAAAGUUCUGGUAGUGGAUCUGGGCUACCUUUAUUGGUUCAGCGAACUAUUGCCAAACAGAUUCAGAUGGUUCGGCAGGUUGGUAAAGGCCGCUACGGAGAAGUGUGGAUGGGUAAAUGGCGAGGUGAAAAAGUGGCUGUCAAAGUAUUUUUUACCACUGAAGAAGCUAGCUGGUUUCGAGAAACAGAAAUCUACCAGACAGUGCUAAUGCGCCAUGAAAAUAUACUUGGUUUUAUAGCUGCAGACAUUAAAGGCACAGGUUCCUGGACUCAGCUCUAUUUGAUUACUGAUUACCAUGAAAAUGGAUCUCUCUAUGACUUCCUGAAAUGUGCUACGUUAGACAACAGAGCCCUACUCAAGUUAGCUUAUUCAGCUGCCUGUGGUCUGUGCCACCUCCACACAGAAAUUUAUGGUACCCAAGGAAAACCUGCAAUUGCCCAUCGAGACCUAAAGAGCAAAAACAUCCUCAUCAAGAAGAAUGGAAGUUGCUGUAUUGCUGACCUGGGCCUUGCUGUUAAAUUCAACAGUGAUACAAAUGAAGUUGAUGUACCCUUGAAUACCAGGGUGGGCACCAAACGCUACAUGGCUCCAGAAGUGCUGGAUGAAAGCCUGAACAAGAACCACUUCCAGCCCUACAUCAUGGCUGACAUCUACAGCUUUGGCCUGAUUAUUUGGGAAAUGGCUCGUCGUUGUAUCACAGGAGGGAUAGUGGAGGAGUACCAAUUGCCAUAUUACAACAUGGUGCCCAGUGACCCAUCCUAUGAAGAUAUGCGUGAAGUUGUGUGUGUCAAACGUUUGCGGCCAAUAGUGUCUAACCGGUGGAACAGUGAUGAAUGUCUCCGAGCAGUUCUGAAACUAAUGUCAGAAUGCUGGGCCCAUAAUCCAGCUUCCAGACUCACAGCGUUGAGAAUCAAGAAGACACUUGCCAAGAUGGUAGAGUCGCAAGAUGUAAAGAUUUGACAUGACAGUUACACAGCGUGAGGGAGAAUCUAGACUGCGAGAACUGGUUCCCCCAGGAGCGGGUGGAAUAGCAUGGACUAGGAUGCUGCGUGGUUCUCAGACUCUCCUCACACCUUCACUGGCUGCUAACGAACCCUGUCGAUACUCUGUAGAAUAUAAGCUGGGGACUUUGAAACACAUCAUUCUUUAUAUGUGGACAGCUUUACUUUAAAUGUGGCUUUUGAUGCCUUUUUUAAAAAUUGGGUUUUUAUGAACUAUCUCAAGACUCUAAUCCUGAUUAAUAAGCCUCCAGUUAGAGUCUGGGUACUCAGUUGCCUGUUCAUAAAGUGGUGCUUUCUGUGAAAGCCUUAAGAAGAUAAGUGAGUCGGCAGAGAUGGAGAGGUUCACAUUUUUGCCUUCACGGGAGAAAACGUGAAGAAAACGCUGACUGUUCUUGUUCUGCCGUGGUGAAACAGCAUGGUCUCUUGGGAAUUCUGCUCAGUUUAUGAUGGGGUGCCAUCUGCACACACACACACACACACACACACACACACACACACACUGGGAUUCCUCUGCUGCCAGUAGGAGUAAGAAGAGAAGAAUUUAUGAUUGCACAGAGGACAUUGGUGGCUAGUGGCUUUGUGCUUCAAACAUGCAAUACCUGACCAAUAUUUGCCAACCUCCUAAAAGCCAUUUACCUUGUACGUGAGGUAGCUUCCCCACAACUUUAUUUUUUUAACAUAAUAGUUGUUGUAAAGGCCAAAAGAAGUUUAAAUGUCUGUGAAUUUGGACUUUUCAUUCUACCACCUUUCUUUUGUCAUUAUCUUUGUCAUAACAGCCUCCUUUUCAAAGUUGAAGUUUCAAAUGCCUUGAAUUGUUCUGAUAAAGGAAUCACUUCUUAUUGGAGUGAAUUACUGCAUUUGAUAUCAAUAUAAGUGCCUAUAAUCAUGUUCUGCAUUCUUGUUUUCAGUAACUUUUAAAGGGAUGUUAUUUAUA